UCGACUCGAAUAGGACGCCGGGCUAGUUCACCGGGCCUCGAGAACUCUACUUGGAGCAAGGGCGCGUGAGCGGAACAAGGGGCCAACGGGGAGCUGCAAAGUCAACGAACACAAAGGGGGGGAAGAAGAGGGGAUGUGAUAGGAGGGGGCUCACCGGGAGUAGUGUACUGCGAGAGUAGAGUAAACAGGACAAGGUAGCACAGGAGAGACCGGGGCCGGGGAUGGUAUAGAGUGGGAUAGAUUGAGGAGGGUUUGGCCUGGAAGAUGACGAUGCAGAGCAGCAAGAAGCUAGACUCAACUAGAGGGUAUCCGUAGUAAGCUUCCGUGGUAUGUGUCCGUAGGGACGGAGACUGCGACGGACGGAGAUGGGAUUGCGGAAAUCAUCACAUGUUCUUUUGAAUGAAGUUGACGACGUCCACGAUGAUGAUGAUGAUGUCGUCGGUCAAUAUUCUGCGGCCCAAGAGAGCUGGAGAGGGUUCGAAAGUGCAGGGCUGAAAUUGAAGAUGAGGUCAGUUCAAGGUAGCGCCUCAAUGAUCUGCUGCGAGUGUGGCUUUGGUGGAAUUGCAACUUCAUGCGAAGAGUGGCUGGAGAAGGAGGUAGUGGAACCUUUGACAGAAGUACCUCGGAGCCUGGAGGAGCUGGCAGGGUUGAUUGUGCUACCUUACCUUAUGCGACCUGCGAAUUCGGUGCAGGCAGACCGAGGUGCAAAGUACUUAGGUACCUUAUUCGUGGGUGUCCGUAAAGAAGGGGGUGGAAGAGGAAGAGAAACAAAAGGAUGGCUCCGUGCUCCGUAUGCGUGGCAUCAGGGCAUGUCCCGGGCAUCGGACCAAACAAGGCUGCAAGUGGCCCGGUUGAAUCGAUGGUGGAAGCAAGCUAGAGGCGUGUCCCGGCAAACUGCAAAGAGCCCAAACGAGAUACUGUCAGUGUCAAAGUCGGUCAUUUCCAGGUUGGCAGGCAAUGACAAGUUGGCUGAAGACUUUGCCUUCCGCGCGGCUGGCCCUUUCCUCUUUCUGCAAGGUUCACUUAGUACAAUCGUCCCUGCUGUGCUUGCCUACCGGCUAAGUGGUGACUUGCCUUACCUAAGACGAAGCAAAGUGUGCAGGGACAGAAGGUUCAGAAGAAGAAAAAGUCAAUUAAUUCCAUUGAUGAUUGGCCACAAUACCCCCGAGCUUACUGAGGAAGGUAGCACUAAGGUUCUUCCCUAA